GUGCGUUGCAUUUACAGUGAGAUUUGCGUUCGAUUUGUUAAACAUUUAAUCAUGGCUAUGCAAGUUUGUUCACACAGAUACGAGGGUGAAAGAGAAAGCAUUUAUAAUUUGAUUCCAAAAAUUCAAGAAAGGCCUCCUAAGCCGACGAUGUGAGUGACUGUUUUCCAGUUUUCCACUCGACUGUACAUCGAUUUUCAUCGGUUACAUGUCUCUCCAUCGUUUAAUAACUAUCUUUAUUUUUACAGUUUACCUAAGACUAACAUUUUCAAACGUUUUUUCCGACAGGUAUCGCUCCAAUUUCUCCACCAAUGUGCGACAAGAGGUCAAGACGAACAAGCAGACCUCUAAAACGAUGGUGAGUUAUAAACUUAAGCUUUGGCUUUGAGUUGCGUUUGUUGUUAUGAAAAUAAACAAAUUUGGCAAAAGAAUGUUAAUCGUGCUCAAUAUUUUUUUGCUUUGUUAAGAAUUAAGUUCCUUUCUUUUAGGGGCCACCGAAAGUUGCCCUUACGGGGCCGAAAGACUUUUUGGCGAAGCAUUCGAAGGAACCAAGGUUACCAGAAAGUAAGCAUACACCGUUCACUUUAGUACUCAAGCUAAUUUAUGAUAGUAGUUUGUUGCUUUGAUUCGAGCUUUAGCGUAAGCUUAUAAUGUUUCAGUAGUCUACAUGUCUUUCAGUUUUGUCUUGAGAAGGAACAAUUUGGAGACAAAUUAUCCUAACAAUUUCGUGUUCCUCUUUGAAAAGGCUACUUGGCUUGUGUAUUAUUGAAAAGUCGUGCUUAGCGUUUUUGGGUAUGGUACACAUCGAUGCGAUACAAGCUAGACAACCCUUAAGUUUAUGUAUACACGGAGGAGAGUAAGACCUCUGCCUUAACCUUAUUUUAGCCGUAGCACAAGUAGAGUUGGAUUAUUGCAAAAUUCUUUUUUUUUUAAAUCUGUGCCUGCGGUUGUGAACAACAUGAAGCUUAUUGUAUAUAGUUACACAACAGAAUGCUAAUUAGAUCAUAAUUUUUAUUUGUUAGAGACUGGUUUCAAGUAUCCGGACCACAAUACCAGACGCCCUCCUGUUCCAAAACAUGAUGAAAAACCUCUUAUGGGGCUACGUUCAAACAAAGACCACAUCAAGACAAAUGCUGUGGAAAAUAUCAUGUCUGUACCAAGGAAACCAGAGAAAAAAUUUGCUGACACUCGAGCAGGUGCAACGCACCCACUUGAUCCUUCAGGAUUGACACCAAAGUAUGUCAACAAGAAAGAUUUUGGCAAAACUCCGGCCUAUUUAGAGAGAAGGAAAGCUGAAGUAGAAAGAGCUCAGAAGGAAUAUGAUGCCUAUGUUCAAGAACGAUUUAGGCAAGGUGCCAUGAAGAGCUUAACAGAAAGCGAAAGGUAACGGAGAAUUUUACAGUUCUUUUUUUGUUUUUUGUUUUGUUUUGUUUUGUUUUGUUUUUUUUUAUUAACAGAGAUCUUUAUUACCACUACAUCACUUACAACACUUUCACUACAAGAUUUAAGGUUACAAAAAAUUACAAUUAAGAAUUAAGAUUCCAACGAUUAAUACAACAUACACUGCAACCAGGCUUGCUUCACGCAUACGUAGAUUAGAUUAUAAUCAUUUACAGUAAGGAGAGGAGAGGCUUCCAUUGUGAAAGAAAUUUUGCUUUUUGUCCUUUGGAAUAAAAAAUCGAUCUUUGCACAAUUAACUUGUCUUUAACGAAUUCAAGAAAGUGAUCAAAGCUUGGGGGUUUAAUUUCGCUCCUUUGCAGGAAGAUAUGUCUCUUGCCAAGAAGGAUAUAAUAAUAUAUCAAAGUUGCAAAGACCAGUUUGUUGUGAGAGUGUUGAAAAGAAGCAAAUUUUAAUUGGUGUUAGUUUUUCUCACAGAACAGUAAUGCAGAUAUAAUAAUAAUAAUAAUAAUAAUAAUAAUAAUAAUAAUAAUAAUGAUAAUAGUAAUAAAACUUUUUCUAUUGAGGGUAGCACUUAAUUCUCCUGAUAAUCUACACAUGGCUUUCAGAAAAAAAAAAAUAAAUAAAAAAUGCAAUAAUCAAUCAAAAAGCUAUGAAUCACUCCACUCUGAAAUAGAGUACAGUGUUAAUAAAUUGUUUAGUGGACACCUGUUAACCUGGGCUAGUGGCAGCUACAUAUAAAUACCCACCAAAAAAAUAUUUCAGUCUCUCACUAUUAACCACCUAAUGGUUAGCUGAACUGGUUAAGAGGUGGAUGAGUUUGAUCUGCCCUGCUGGACAAACACUUGCAGGGUAAAGUGCUGCCUUUGCUAGGAUAUCUGUGGAUGGUUAGAUUUCCUCUUCUUCACUCCCCAUCAAAUUUAAUGAUAAUAAUAAAAAGACAAUGUAGAUGUAUUAUCCACCACCCUGGCUGUUGUUUCAGGAAAUAUCAGGGUGGAAAGAAAGCCAGUGUUACAGCUUGCCAUAAAUUCAGCAAGAUGUCACUAGUAUAUACUAGCCCAGGAGUCUUUUCAACUAGCCCCAAAAACUAUUUGAUGAGCAGUAUUGAUUACACAGAUUUUCUGUACUUUAAGUUACUCAAAAAAACUUAGGGAAGUUAAGAAAAAAAUUCUUUAGCCUAUGGCAAAAUUCACUAGUCCCAGGCCACCGCCGUAGCCAGUAUGAGGCAAACCGAGGCACUCGCCUCGGUAAAAUUUUACCAAAUACUGUCGAUUUUUAUUUUUUUUAUCAGACUGAUAAUAUUAGAAGAUUUCAUACGGCUGAUUUCGUACAACGGACCGUGUGUUCGCCUCGGUUGUAGUUUCUUCCUGGCUACGGCCCUGCUGAAGCUAUGCACUUCUUUCUUUGCACACUGAAUAUCAAAGCACUUUUUUAUGCCAUAUUUAAUAAUUUUUUUCUAAAGAAAACCUCUUAGAUGUUUUCUUAUGCAGUUUUUAUUUCAUUAUCCCACUACAGACAAGGAAUACUUGAUGGACUAAAAAAGAAUUGGGAGGAACUACAUCACCAAUACCAAGGCCUAUCAGUGGUGACAGACACAGCACCCAAGAAAGCACGCAAAGAACGAAUGGAAGCUGAAAUGAAACAACUAGAAAGAGACAUUGAAACUGUUGAAAAACACAAAGUUAUAUACAUUGCAAAUCCUUUCUAGACAGAUUACUUAAUUUGCUUUAUUAGAUGCUCAUGCUCAGUAUGUUUUAUCUUGAUUCCAUCCAAGGCCUAUAAUAUUCUGCUGUUUGAUUCGGGAAGUUCUGUUUAUCUAAUUAAAAUCAGGUUUAAUCUGCAAGCAUUAAAAAAGAAAGUUGCCCUCUGAUGCAACAUUAAUUUGUAAAUAAUAUUGUACAAAGUAUUUUAUUAAAAAUUCUCUGAAUGAAAAUAGUGUCUCUUUUGUGUUUUAUGGAAAAGCAAUUUACAAUCAGCUCUGUUAAAAACAGGCAUUGUGGAACGAAUCAGAAAAGCUAAAAUUCACCCAGUUUGGCAUUCCCUGGUUAGUUACAGGUGACCCAAGCUCAUGUUAUGAGGAUGG